GGUUAAGCUCUAAUUACUUUCCCUUUUAUUAGCAUGUAUAAAUGAAUUACAUAUAUGUAGGCUUUUUUAGUAAGCCCAACUUGACAAGAAAAGGUCUUCGUCGUUGGGCAAUAACAAGCCGAGAAGGUUGAAUAGAGAAGAUCCAAGGGGAAAGAGAAAUUAAAUUAUUUAUUUAUUUCUGUCAUCUUCUCCUUUUCUAUUUCAAAAUCCCAAAUCUAAAGCACUCCUCGAGAAAAGUGUAACAAUGGCGAGAAGACCGGACGAAGAAUACGACUACUUGUUUAAAGUGGUUUUGAUCGGAGACUCCGGUGUCGGCAAGUCUAAUCUCCUCUCUAGAUUCACUCGCAACGAGUUCUGCUUAGAAUCCAAAUCCACCAUUGGUGUCGAAUUCGCUACUCGUACUCUCCAAGUGGAAGGAAGGACUGUGAAAGCUCAGAUAUGGGACACGGCUGGGCAAGAACGAUACAGAGCCAUAACUAGCGCCUAUUACAGAGGUGCACUUGGAGCUCUUUUGGUCUAUGAUGUCACCAAGCCAACAACGUUUGAGAAUGUAAGCAGGUGGUUAAAAGAACUAAGAGACCAUGCAGAUUCCAAUAUAGUGAUCAUGUUGAUUGGGAACAAGACAGAUCUGAAGCAUCUCAGAGCAGUUGCCACAGAGGAUGCUCAGAGCUAUGCAGAGAAAGAAGGCUUAUCUUUCAUCGAGACAUCGGCUCUCGAGGCAUUAAACGUAGAAAAGGCUUUUCAGACGAUUCUCUCGGAGGUUUAUAGGAUCAUCAGCAAGAAGUCGAUAUCUUCAGACCAGACAACUGCAAAUGCCAACAUCAAGGAAGGCCAAACAAUUGAUGUGGCUGCUACUUCUGAAUCAAACGCUAAGAAGCCUUGUUGCUCAUCGUCUUGAAAGGCUUUGUUUGUGUUGCACUUAAAAAAAGCCAAAUAUCUAUGAGACUUUAUUUCAAGGCUUGCGUUGUAUUUGUUUUCUUUCUUUUUUCUGUUGUUGAUAAUAUAACUCAAAGAUAAUUUUUUAUAUCAAUUGUGGAGUUCGGAAUCGUUCACACAAAACAAAUUUUGGAAACGAAAAAUAUUUUUAGGGAAU